UUUGCCUUUCUUCUCUUUCAUUUUUCUCAUGCUUUAUCAAAACCAGGGAAGAUCUCUCUUUCUCUCUUCUCUUUCUUUCACACAUCUUUUCUAUUCUUUUCCUUUUAUCAUUGCAACAGGUCUAUAUCUAAUUUCAGGACAAAAUGGCGAAUUCAGCAUCUGGCAUGGCAGUGAGUGACGAGUGCAAGCUUAAGUUCUUGGAACUCAAAGCAAAGAGGAACCACCGGUUCAUUGUGUUCAAGAUCGACGAGAAAAACCAACAGGUGAUGCUAGAAAAGCUUGGGAGCCCCCAAGCAUCGUAUGAUGAUUUCACUAAUUCCUUGCCUCCCAAUGAGUGCCGUUAUGCUGUCUUUGAUUUUGAUUUUACAACAAAUGAGAAUUGCCAGAAAAGCAAGAUUUUCUUCAUUGCAUGGUCUCCUGACACGUCCAAGGUGAGAAGUAAGAUGCUUUAUGCAAGCUCCAAGGACAGAUUCAAGAGGGAAUUGGAUGGCAUUCAAGUUGAGUUGCAAGCUACUGAUCCUAGUGAGAUGAGCUUGGAUAUUGUGAAAGGUCGAGCUCUCUGAGUUCAGAGAAAUCACCCAUUAUCUCUUCACUUCAUCUUUUCCCCUUCAUUACUUCAUUGUUAUUGAUGGUUGUCUCAAUUUGAGUUUGAAUUAUUAAUGGCACGUAUAAUUGUUG